UCCUUUAAUAAGCUUUUAUAGUGAAGUUAGACUGUUAUAAAAUUACAAACACCUACUCGGAUGUCUCCUGUCCAAAUGCUGGGAUCUCUUCCUACCAAGGUGCCCAAUCACCAUUUCUCCUUCUGUCUCAUUUCUUUCUGGCCUCUGGCCUCUAGCCAUUUGAAGUGUAAUUCUCUGUCUCUCCUCCGGCAGUCUUAGCCCUCUAUUUUGCUUAUUACCUGAAGACUUCUGAUGAAGUUUUAGGAGUUCCCCACACCCUCGAUCCUGUAGUUUUCUUACCAGGGCCAAGAAUGACCUCGGAUGAUGAGUCACUGACACACUUCUAUCGUGUCCCCACUUAGCAAUGCCCUUUGCAUUGAGAUUCCAAGGGUGGGGGCUGCUCCUUGUAAAUGAUUUCUCCCCACACUCUAGUCCCUCCAUUCUAUUCUCCCUCUUGCAGGACUCUCCCCUGAAUCAUAUCCUAAUGCACAGGACGGGGGAGUUAGGCAGGAGGGAUUUAGCUCCUCCCUAACCCCUGUUCUCAUGAAAAGACCCAGAACUUCAGAAUUUGAAAAGGAGAGAUUAAUAGAGAGGUUCUUCAGUGAAAUUUGGGAAAAUACAAGAACGGUUGACUUAGAUAUUAAUUUGCAUGUUUGCUUUGCAUCCCAUUAUUCCAUGAGGGGGGGAUUAAAACUGCUGUUCUCUAGAGCUGAUGAAAGAGAUUGGUUCCUUUUCAUUUGAAUAUUGACGUUCUGGAGGGAAUGGGUAUGCCACCCUCACUCCUUCUUGUGUCCUUCUGACACAAAGAAGAAAAAGAAAUGUAUGGCUCCUGGAAGGCAUCUCCUCCUAACGGAGAAGGACAAAUAAGAAGUAUAUUUCUGAAGUAUUUUCAGGUCCUGAUUCGAUUAGCGUACCCACUGGGAUUACUGGCGUCCUAUCUAUCCCCAUGAUUCCUCCAUCUUUGACAUAGCUGCUGUUUGGUAUCUCAGGAUGGAGCAACACAGUGGACUCUGCCCCCCUGAGUUCACCCAACCUUCCCUCCACCCCCGCCUGAGGCUGUUGCACAAGGGCCCUAAAAGUGGCCACAGGAACAGGGCAAAGAGGCUUAGCUGCCACACUUACAGUGUGAGGAGCCCCAAUCUCCCAAAUUCCAGUCUGCUCAUCCUUUCUUUAUCUCCCCAGAUUCACCUCACAUUGUCCUGACCAAUCUUCAACUCUUCUCUCUCUCCAUGUCCAGCCAAAUUUCUUUUUUCAGUCACUUACAGGACUUCCGGUCAAAAUUCACUAGGUAGGAGGGUCAUCAGCUGGGAAGAACCGGGCGCCCGGGGAACCUGGCUGGAUAGUUAUGGGGGAGCCAGGCCAGUCCCCUAGUGCCGGGUCCCCACAUGGCAGUCCCCCAGCUCUAAGCACUCUCACUCUCCUGCUGCUCCUCUGUGGACACGCUCACUCUCAAUGCAAGAUCCUCCGCUGCAAUGCUGAGUAUGUAUCGUCCACUCUGAGCCUUAGAGGUGGGGGUGCAUCAGGAGGAGGAGGAGGAGGCCGGGGUGGAGGGGCGGCCUCUGGCGGCCUCUGUCGAGCCCUCCGCUCCUACGCGCUCUGCACGCGGCGCACCGCCCGCACCUGCCGCGGGGACCUCGCCUUCCACUCGGCGGUCCACGGCAUCGAAGACCUGAUGAUCCAGCACAACUGCUCGCGCCAGGGCCCUACAGCCCCUCCCCCGCCCCGGGGCCCCGCCCUUCCAGGCGCCGGCUCCGGCCUCCCUGCCCCGGACCCCUGUGACUACGAAGGCCGGUUUUCCCGGCUGCAUGGCCGUCCCCCGGGGUUCCUGCAUUGUGCUUCCUUCGGGGACCCCCAUGUGCGCAGCUUCCACCACCACUUUCACACAUGCCGUGUCCAAGGAGCUUGGCCUCUACUGGAUAACGACUUCCUCUUUGUCCAAGCCACCAGCUCCCCCGUGGCGCUGGGGGCCAACGCCACCGCCAUCCGGAAGCUCACCAUCAUAUUCAAGAACAUGCAGGAAUGCAUUGAUCAGAAGGUCUACCAGGCAGAGGUGGAUAAUCUUCCUGCAGCCUUUGAAGACGGUUCUGUCAAUGGAGGUGACCGACCUGGGGGAUCCAGUUUGUCGAUUCAAACUGCUAACCCUGGGAACCACGUGGAGAUCCAAGCUGCCUAUAUCGGCACAACUGUAAUCAUUCGGCAGACAGCUGGGCAGCUCUCCUUCUCCAUCAAGGUAGCAGAGGAUGUGGCCAGGGCCUUCUCAGCUGAGCAGGACCUGCAGCUCUGUGUUGACGGGUGCCCUCCAAGUCAGCGACUCUCUCGAUCAGAGCGCAAUCGUCGGGGAGCUCUAACCAUUGACACUGCCAGACGGCUGUGCAAAGAAGGGCUUCCAGUGGAAGACGCGUACUUCCAUUCCUGUGUCUUUGAUGUUUUAGUUUCUGGGGAUCCCAGCUUUACCGUGGCAGCUCAGGCAGCGCUGGAGGACGCCCGAGCCUUCCUGCCAGACUUAGAGAAGCUGCAUCUCUUCCCCUCAGAUGCUGGGGUUCCGCUUUCCUCAGCCACCCUCCUACCCCCGCUCCUUUCCGGGCUCCUUGUUCUGUGGCUUUGCAUUCAAUAAAGAGGCCAUCAGUCCUA